AUGCCAACGAAACGCAAAUCCACCGACCUUCCCCCCUCACAGGACCCGAAGGCACCCAGAGACAAAAAAGUCAAGCCUACGGCCUCCCACUCGGCCCAGAUUGACAGAAUCAAGUCGGCGAUGGCUGUCGCUCCAGUCAUGACGAACCUCUCUGCGAGGCUGGCAGCGAGAACCAAGUCAGGCAAAAGUGGUGGCAAGCCGAAUCGUUCGAAGGCGUCAGGGUUUUAUCAGAGUGGAUCCACCAACAAUGCUGUCCCCCCACUGCAGCACAAUCUCAACAAGCUCUUUGACCAGUAUCGUGACAAUCCCAAGGAUGCUCCAGACACGAUCGGCAUAGAAGGGGCUCAGAAAUACUUGAGCGAUAUCGGUGUAGAACUGGACGAAGUUGCUCACUUGGGCAUCUGUGACCUGGUGCAAUGUCCCUCCAUCGGCGAAUUCGAGCGCGAAUCUUUCAUUUCCGGCUGGCGAAGCGUUUCCAUAGGCGACAAGGCAUAUGAUACCGCAGCACGACAGGCACAGUACGUUGAGGUGAUUAGGAAGAAACUGGCGGAUAAUCCGGCAUACUUCAAACAAGUCUACCGCAAUGCAUUCAAGCUUGCCAAGCCUGAAGGCCAACGCAGUGUUCCGAUGGAUUCGGCAAUCGACUUCUGGAACAUGUUGUUUCGCCAGGGCAAAGGUGGGAUCGAGUGGAACUCUCCUACGACCAAGUGGUUGGACCUGUGGUGCGAGUUCUACGAGUCUCAGAGUAAGAGACCGGUCAACAAAGAUCUGUGGAACAUGGUUGGUGAAUUGGUCAUGAAGACGAAAGAGCCCGGUGGAGAGACUCUGAGUUGGUGGACAGAAGACGGUGCAUGGCCUAUGGCAAUCGACGACUUUGUCACCUUCAUAAAAGAGAAGAGAAAGAGGGCCGGUGACAGUAUGGAUACAAGCUGA